UUGUUUUCCUAUGCCGUGAAAUGUGUGCAGUAAUAAUAGUUUUUUAAUAAUUAUUUGUGUUGUUGUCGAGUCAAACUAUGUCUAAACGCAAUAUUGCCUAUAUUAAGCCACAAGAUCCAUCCUUUUUAGCAAAACUGAAGCAAGAGAUUGGUUACAAAGAGGGACCAAACGUAGAUACAAAGAGGCAAAAACUUGAGAAUUUGGAGGAUAAUUUUUCGGACAGUGAAGAACCAGAACGUGAAGACGAAAAACCUUUGGUGGUGGUGUUAAAAUCUGGUGAUCUUACCGCUCAAGAAGCCGAAGAGGAACAGAAGCGCUUGGCCAAAGAAGCCGCUGAAGCCCGUGCCGAUUUGAAUAAACCAAUAGUCUUUCGCAAACGACAUAAUCCCAAGGAGGCUUCAGAAAAAGCUCUAGCACCAUCCUCAUCCAAACCAAACAAGCCAUCAAGUAAAGAGGAGAAACGCAAAAAAUCGGAUAACAAAAACAGUGUAAAAUUAUCCUUUAACGCUGACGACGAGGAGGAAGAGGAGGAAUAGUAGUAGAACGAAAAGGAAGAUAAAAUAAUAAAAGAACGAGUUCAACAAACAGUUGUCACAAAAAAAUCGAUCAAUAAUUUGGGAAUUGCUCCCAUAACACCAUAACCAUUGCAGCUUGGAGUGGCGAUUUUUUAUACAUACAUACAUACACACAUAUAAAUGUUGAACAGUUUUCCUAACUACAUUCGCAUUUGAAGAUAUCCACACAUUAUUAAAAUCCACAAAUAAUUUGGCAUCAACAACUCUAGAAUAUGACUGAAGUUGAUGUUUCUAUGCCGGAAGGUUCAGGUUUAUCAUCAGCGGCUAACCUACAACAUCCUGAGACACAUUCAAGUGGCAGCCACGAAAAUGGGAGUCCUACGAACACAGCAAACGAUAGC